AGUAGCCUGUGCUGACACAACACAGAGCAGCGUGUAGGACACAAAGGAGUAAUUGGUGCUAGAGGGGGCUCAAAACUAGCUAGAUGCUGCUCCUCUCUGCUCCAAUCUGCCCCAUCUCCUGGGAACCAAAAUAAGAGAACUCCCAUAUCACCAGACAAAGAUUAAGAUCCCACAGGGCCCGCCUCUUGGCACGUCUAAACGUCAACUUCAAACCUUCUAAAUAGUCCAUUGAUGAGAAGACCAGGCUAGUUUUUGUCAUUUUUUUUGCUUGAGCUAGCAGAAGAUAUCUAGCUCGAAAAGAAGAGGUGAAAUAGUGUUUGGAUGUUCUAGUCCCUUGACGUUGGCUGAAUCCUCACACAGGAAGAAGCACUCAGGAUGGGGUCCCUGUUUCGGAGCGAGGAAAUGUGUCUCACCCAGCUGUUUCUACAGGUGGAGGCAGGGUACUCCUGUAUUGCUGAGCUGGGAGAACUUGGCUUGGUGCAGUUCAGAGAUUUGAAUGUCACUGUAAACAACUUCCAACGCAGAUAUGUGAAUGAGGUUCGUCGGUGCGAGGCAAUGGAGAGAAUCCUUCGAUUUCUGGAAAGUGAGAUGGAAAAUGACAAGAUUGUGAUCCAAUUGCCAGAGAAACUUCCACAGACCCCACUGCCACGGGAAAUGAUAGAUCUGGAGACAGUCCUAGAGAAACUGGAGGGAGACUUACAGGAGGUAAAUAGGAAUCAACAGACCCUCAAACAGAAUUUCCUAGAGCUGACGGAACUCAAGCACCUUCUUAAGAAGACUCAAGAUUUUUUCGAGGCAGAAGCAAAUUUGCCAGAUGAUUUCUUCAGUGAGGACACCAGCAGCCUGCUGGAGCUCAGAACCGUUCCAUCGGCGGCUGCUGCUGGAAAACUGGGAUUCACUGCUGGGGUGAUUGGGAGGGAGCGAAUGGCAACGUUUGAGAGGCUGUUGUGGAGAGUUUGCAGGGGAAACAUUUAUCUGAAAUACAGUGAACUGGAUACCACCCUGGAAGAUCCAGUUACGAAAACAGAGGUAAAGAAAAAUGUUUUCAUCAUAUUCUACCAAGGGGACCAGCUGAAACAAAAAAUAAAGAAAAUCUGUGACGGUUUCAAAGCCACAGUCUACCCAUGUCCAGAGUCAGUGACAGAGCGUCGAGACAUGGUAGCAGAUGUAAACACAAGGAUUGAAGAUUUGAAUACUGUUAUCACCCAGACUGAAUCUCAUCGGCAGAAAGUGCUGCUGGAAGCGGCUAAGAAUCUGUGCAUUUGGGGCAUUAAAGUGAAAAAGAUGAAGGCUGUGUAUCAUGUUAUGAAUUUGUGCAACAUUGACGUGACCCAGCAGUGUGUCAUUGCUGAAAUCUGGUGUCCAGUAGCCGACAAAGAACGAAUUAAACGAGCACUUCAACUGGGCAUGGAUCGCAGUGGUUCCACCAUUGCUCCUAUUCUGACCAACAUCUACACGAAGCUGGAGCCUCCAACCUUCAAUCGCACCAACAAGUUCACGGCUGGCUUCCAAAACAUUGUGGAUGCCUAUGGUGUCGGGAAUUACAGGGAGAUGAACCCAACUCCUUACACUAUCAUCACUUUCCCUUUCCUCUUUGCGGUCAUGUUUGGUGACUGUGGUCAUGGUGCUGUCAUGCUGGCAUUUGCCCUCUGGAUGGUUCUCAAUGAAAAACAACUGCUGGCCUCCAAGAGUGAUAAUGAGAUUUGGAACACAUUCUUUGGAGGCAGGUACCUAAUUCUCCUGAUGGGCACCUUCUCCAUAUAUACUGGAUUUAUUUAUAAUGACUGCUUUUCCAAAUCCUUCAACAUAUUUGGAUCAUCGUGGAGAGUACGACCAAUGUUUACAAAUAGCACAUGGAAUGAUGCUUUGCUUCAUCAGGGAAUUCAGUUACAGCUGGAUCCAGCGGUGUCUGGAGUGUUCUCAGGAAAUCCUUAUCCUUUUGGCAUUGAUCCCAUCUGGAAUAUCGCUUCAAAUAAGCUCACCUUCCUGAACUCCUACAAGAUGAAAAUGUCUGUGAUCAUGGGUAUCUCGCAGAUGGUUUUUGGAGUGAUCGUUAGUCUUUGUAAUCAUAUGUACUUCAAGAGACAUAUUAACAUCAUUUUGCAAUUCAUUCCGGAGAUGAUCUUUAUCUUGUGUCUUUUUGGCUACUUGGUCUUCAUGAUUAUCUUUAAAUGGUGUACAUACAAUGUACACACACCCAGGCCACCCAGCAUCCUUAUUCACUUCAUCAACAUGUUCUUGUUCAGCUAUGGUGACACGACCAAUGGUCCGCUCUAUGGACAUCAGCAAGAAGUACAAAGUGCCCUGGUAAUAUUUGCCCUUAUCGCUGUUCCAUGGAUGUUGCUUAUAAAGCCUUUUGUUCUUAGAGCAAAUCACAUAAAAUCCCAGCGUAUGUUGCAGCCAUCAUCGCUAAACCAACACCUGGCUGAGGACACAGAUGUGGAAAAUGCCCAGAGCAAUCACAACAGCCCUGCCAUUCAAGAUGAACAUGGAGGACAUGGGGGAGGACAUGGGGAGCAUGGAGAGGAGUUUGAUUUUGGGGAUAUAUUUGUUCACCAAUGCAUUCAUACCAUAGAGUACUGUCUUGGGUGCAUAUCCAACACUGCCUCUUACCUGCGACUCUGGGCGUUGAGUCUGGCGCAUGCACAGUUGUCGGAGGUGCUGUGGACAAUGGUGAUGCACUUUGGCCUCUCUAGUGCAGGUUGGGGAGGGCUCAUUGCAGUCUUUGUUAUAUUUGCUGCAUUUGCUGUUCUCAGUGUUGCAAUUCUACUAGUUAUGGAAGGUCUAUCUGCGUUCCUGCAUGCACUUCGACUCCACUGGGUGGAGUUCCAGAAUAAAUUUUACUCGGGAACAGGUUACAUGUUCACCCCCUUCUCUUUUGAGCGCAUUCUGAAUGGAGCAGAUGCUGAAUAGAUGCAUUCAAAUGUCCACAAUUCUUAUGUAUAUGGUCCUCAUAGUGAAGACAGUUUACAAUAUAAACAAAAAGUGCCAAACAAUUAAGAAGAUAAAGAUUAUCAUAAUUUUCUACAUUUAAGUUUGCAUAUUAUUAAAAAUGAUAAUCCCUCUGCAUCUGAGAUACUCCGGCUGUGCUAACCAUGAAGUUCCAUGAUCUCCAGCUAUUUGUUGGCUAUGUCAAGGGAAGAACAAAAUGAAAAUCAUGAAAGAUCAUGGGCAGGAUUAGAAGAUAUAUUACAAGUUACAAGCCAGAAGAAAACGUAUCUACUCAAGAGUGUGAAACUUAUUUUACCCAAUGUCAUAUAUUUAAAUAAAACAUUUUUUUCUUCCUGCCUAA